AGUAAUGUACGAGGGUUGUACCAAAAGUAACGUAAAAGUUGGCAUAUAUUUCUCAUUAACAGACAUACGUUUGUCAUGUUCUACAUGUUUGUAGAGUAAAUCUUCCUCUAUUAUAUACCAUAAUGACCUUUCUUUUUCAUUACAGGUAACUAAUGGAUUCCAAGCAGAAGCAAAGGGCUGUGAUUGAGUUUUUGACCAAUCAUGGUUGCAGGCUAUCCGGGCAUUCACACAAUGCUUCUGAAAGUUUUGGGAGAUGACAUGAUUGACAAGAGUAAUGUGCAGAGAUAGACGAAAAAAAUUUAAAGAAGGGGAAAGGAGCACUGAAGACGAAUCACGCCAUGGGAGACCAGCUGUGACCAGUGACACGAAUUCUCAGCGAGUGUACAAAUUGAUUUGUGCACACCUGAAUUUUUUGAAAGCGAAUUUGAGCAUUGGGUUCAACAUUAAUGCAAAUGCAUCUCUUGUGAUGGAGACUAUAUUGAGUAGUAUCUUUGUAUUGAAAAGAGUUACUUACAUACACUUAGUAUGUGAAAAAAGCAGGUCUGUUUGCAUUACUUUUUGUACAACCCUCGUACUAGUACAGCGUCACUUCUUUUUCUCUGUAGUGUGUUUUAAAACCUUCCUUGCCAACUUCCCCUACUAUGGAUUGACUGUGUUUCUAGUCGUGAGAAGAUGGAUGCCAGUGCUUUGGAACCUCAUUAAUUCAAUUUUUAUGAAAGGACGGGAGGCAGUGGAAGUAUUCGAGGAGCCGAGAAUCACAUGUUGGCACAAGCACAACUGUCAUCAGCACAUCGCCUAAAAUUUGGCCAAACUGUAUUUUCUUGUCGAAAAGUAAUGUGUCAGGUGUUCACUUCAAUUUUUCACUUAUAAACCGGUCAUGUUUAAGGUGUGCUUAGUUUAAAAUUUCCACAGUGGUGCCAUCAUGCUUUCCUAUGUUAUGCCAUUUUUCUCACUUACGAAAGUUCUGUUCCCUAUAAACAUGACGUCAUCUGUGUACUUAGAUUCCGGUGCACGUUAAAGAACUCCAGGCGGUCAGAAUUAAUUCGCAGUCCACCACUACAGCGUGCCUCAUAACCAGAUUGUGAUUCUGGCACGUAAAACCCCAUGAUUUUUUCUAAACAUGACGUUUUGGACAGCACAAAUCUCUCAGGCCUGGCUUAAUCUUGGUCAUUGUAUCCCCCUAACUGCAAUAGUGCUGAAGAAUGUUGGCAGGCUAGCUGGUUGGGAAUCAUGAUAAUGCGGUGCAAUGCAACUGGACGAGGAUAGAGAAGAAUUUGACACAUAAAGCGCUAUUUCAACUACAAAUCUGUAUUUUUGCACAUGUACGAUACAUAUACAUAAAUGGGCGAUCAAAAACAAGAAUGUCAACAUUUAGAGGAACACCAAGGAACCAACAUGCGUCAAACAGUCUAAUCGCAACUUGCUCGUCAAAUGGCUAUCUCAGUAACUCGAGACACCGCAUCUCUUUUUUCGGUAACUUCAUGGAAGGUAUGCUCACAUACUUUUCUUUCAUUUUUUUUUUUCAAUUUUGUGAACCUCAAGAAUUUCUCUUGUCAUAUCCUUUUAGGCACGUUUCAAAAUAGUGUUUUUUUCAAAGACCGCGACACAGCUGCACUCUCGGCUAGGCAUGCGUAAAUGUCCUGAAAUAACAUUUGUAUAGCGCUGUGUGUCUGUCAAAUUCUUCUGUCCUCGUCCAGUCAUGCUGCACUGUGCUAUCAUGUGAUAGUGUUUUAGAAAUUGAAAUGUUUUGAAAUCAGAAUUCUCUUCUCCCGUGGUUUCAGGUAUCACUCGUUAGAAGACAAGCUGGUUCAUGAUCUGGGCAUGAAGAAGAUUGUGGUUGUUAUUAUGAGUGGUUGCGCAGCUUUUCAGCGCACGCAGUUCCUUAGUUGUUCAGUGAAUGACUUGUUGUCUCGUUCCAUUUGUGUGUUGGGAACAAGCUCGCCACUUAGCUUGCUUCGAGUGUGGUGUGCAGUUUGUGACUGAGGCUACCGAACCCCGAGGAAAAAAAAAAGCUGUGGAGCAAGCCAAAUAUUAUGCAGUUUCAGAAAUAGUUCACCCAAGCGACUUUGAAUACGAAAGAACCCAGAUUUUAUUAUCGGCCCUUGACUUUCUUUCGUGCUCUCUUUGCAUUCGUUUACAUUCUUUUGCAUGCUCGCUGGACUGCGUCGCCCAGCUUUAGGUCCUGUAUUUCUAAUACUGCCUAAUCCUUUGCAGUGAAACUUGCAUCACCGUGACAAGACUUGCACCAGCAGAUAGGAGCACGUAGGUGCAGAUUGCAAUUGGAUUAUAGUUUGGUUAAGCAUGGUGCCACGGAAUGUUGCCACUAGUGCUCCUGUUUGCAGCAUUGUCUUGGUAUUCUAUAAUGGUUGCACUAAAACUACUUUUACACAUUCCAGUAGGUACUUCUCAUAAUGCUGCUUGUAAGCAGCCUUUAAGUUUGACUGCAGAAAAGACAGGAAGCUGCUAAAAGGCUGGAUUGUCUCCAUGAUCCCAGUUUUCUGUUGCUCUUAUUGUAAGAAAUGUUUCCAAGUCAGUGAGCCGAAUGUGAAACUAUUUAUGUAUUGCUAAUGAGGCAUUUUAGGGAAAUAGUGAAUUCACUACUGCAGCUUAUGCUACUUUGUCGGCGUUUAAGGUAAUAGCCCUCAGAAACUUGGACAGGUCACGUAGGCCUAUCCUGUUCCAAAAGAUUAUGUGCACAUUUGUUUGUGAUCACUGGACAACAUAUAUUUGUAAUGUUGCUGUUGUCUGUGCUGUUCUCAUUUGCUUGUUUGUUGUGUUUUCUGCAUUUGUAAUUUAGUUAAAGCUGUUAUAUUUUAUGGCUGGUGGCUGCGUUAGAGGCAUUGUAUAUGGUUGGAUUCGGGGGGUUGAGUGGCCAUGCUCCCACUUCUGUGUUUCAGCAUCACUUUCAUGAACAAAAUAAAGUUAGAGAAUGUGGAGUAUACAUACAGAAGGAAGUUCCAGACAACAUACUGUGAAGGCGAUCUCCCAUCUGUAUUGUUUAGAAAACCCAUAUUUACACCAGCUAUACAUUAUUACAAAAAAGCGUAAUACUAGAGACUGUAGUUAACAUGGAGAAACAAUAUAUUCAAUAGCACAGUACAAUUAUUGUCAGAAAUGAUAACCAGUGGAAUGAUUACAUCGAGUGCAAAAUUUGAGGAGGUUUGAUUUAGAUCUGUAAAACUUAGAUGGUGCCUUGUGGUGGUGAGGUAGUAAUACAUGAUAUAGUAACGUGGCUGAAAAAUUUGUGGUAACAUUGCCAUGAUUAGUUCUAGGUUAUUGGGAAUUAGAAGCUGUUGUCAGAAGCAAAUCCAGUGGACCUGGAGUCUGGAAACUGGCUUGCACGUGGAACGGUGUGUGCACAUAUGCCUUCCAGGGACUGAUCUGGAGGAGCAAGGCUCUUCUGACCAUGUCAACAACGCCACAAGUAUGAUGCUCCCGGAAACAGCUGGUCCGUCACUGUUGCCAGAGGAGAGGCCUCGGCCAGUGCCAGCCGGGACCAUUGUUCAGCACCAGUGUCGCUUCUGCCCAUAUUCGACAUGGCAGAAGUUCCGUCUGGCAGUGCACGAGCGAGUGCACACGGGCGAGCGUCCCCAUCGGUGCCACGUCUGCAGCCGCGCGUUUGUGCAGAGCGCGCACUUGGUGGGCCACAUGCGGUCGCACACUGGCGAGCGUCCCUUUCGGUGCCACGUGUGCAACCGUGGGUUUGCACUCAACUCGGACAGGGUGCGCCACAUGCGGUCGCACACUGGCGAGCGGCCUUACUCGUGCCCGCACUGCCCGGCCGUCUUUGCCCAGUGCAGCAGCGUCAAGGUGCACAUGCGCAGGUACCAUGACCUGCACAGUGGUGCCCGCAGGCACCGUGCCUCCCCGGACGACAGCAGCAGUGGGAUGCCAUAGACGUGUUGUUGACCACAGAAGACCGCAUGUGUUGCCGAGUGUUGCCUCUCCACAACUUUCUCCCGCAUGACUGUUGCAAAUAAAAUCACUUCAGUUCAGUCUCCUACUAAAUUUACUAAAGGGAAAUCUGGCACUGUGAUCCUUCAGCUAUGUUGUGAAUGAUAAGCAAUGUAAUGAAACCUUGGUUAACGAGCACAAAUAUAUGGACUAUCGGAUAUAACGAUCGAGAUAUAAAAUAUGUCCAUGUAGCAAGACAAUCAACUAGGAGAGAGCAUCACGUCACGCAGUCAGCCUAGGCAUGUGAACUCUGCCUGAAGCCAUUCGCCUUGCCUUUUCCCUCGCAGUAUCGGCCCAGCACGUGACCUCAUAGACUCGGCGUAUUGGUUGGGAAUGUUUGGUUCCCGGCAGCUUUUAAACAAUGUGCAUCUGUUUGGCUGCCCUGCUGUAGCUCUGCAUGCAGAGCAGGAGCACUAAAACAUACUGUGUGCUCUGACAUGACGAUCACAUGUUGUGCUGAUACAUUAGGCUUCUAUCUUGUCCCUUAGUGCUCUCUCUAGUCCAUUCCUUCCUCUACGAAUGUUUCCCACAAAUGUGGAUUUGUGCAACCUCCAUGCUUGUGGCUUCAGGUGUUCUUGUACGCUCAGUUAUUACACUUUACUUUUCAAAAUUCCCAAGCAACCAUAUUUUCCUAAUGGCAUAGUCACAGUAGUCUACACUGAGGAAGGACUCCUGGCUGGAGGCCGUCACUGGACAAAUAAAGCUUUUCUGAUAAUCCAGCUAUAAGGACUCUCUAGUUGAAGAGGAAACCAUCAACAGCAAUGGCCUCCUCCUCAUACGUACUUGUGUUUCUCUGUUUUAUUUUUUAUUUCCUUUUCAGCUGCAGCAUAUCAGGCAAUGGAAACAGGUGACCAUGGAUGUCUUUAUAUAUAGUUUAGGCCUAGCUUAGUAAAGGAAGCGUAAAAGCCAUUUGAUUUCCUUUUGCUCAGGACGGCAACGUGACUGCAAACGUGACGCCCCAAAUAUACUUUUUUUU